AUGGCAACGAGGGCUGGGGUGUUAGCGCGAUGGGCGGAACGCGCGGCGAUGGUGGCGCGUGGGUGUGCAAGGCAUGCGACUCGAGGCAGCAGUAGCUCACCGCAGGCCGAGGCCUCGAUGAAGCCCAAGGGCGGAAAUGACAAUGAACAUUCAACAUCAGGAUCCUUCUUGGCAUGUUCUCCAUACUCUAUAAUGAGCACCCAGCUCAAGAUCAGAUGUUUGUGCGGAGCAGCGAGUAAAGUCUCCUGGGGCACAAGCUAUGGCAGCCGAGCAUUAUUGCAAACGACCAACUCCUGCAACAGCUUGUCAGCCAGAGUGAGCAAUACGACAUCGAAAAGGAGUUACGGGGAUGCUGCUGCAACCAAGGGAACGAUCACUGGCACAGCACGAGUUGUGCCAAGUGGACAGCAGAGGCUGCCAGGCCGCGGAGUUUUCCGGCCGCGCCAUUUUCACUACGGCCCCCCUCCUUCUUGGAAGGAUCAGCUGUGGAAGCUAGCGGGUGGAGUGCUCUUGGUCGCAUUCGUCAUUUCCUUCUUCAGCGUCAUCGUCACGAUAGGAACUUUCAUAAUUGGCACCGUCGCUCUUGCUGCUCUAGGAUGGUUCGCCUGGAGAAAGUUGAAAGGUACCGAAUUCAUUCGCACUCUGCAGAGAAAUCCGUGGUUCAGCAAAUAUUGGAAUAAGGCACGGGGCAAGGCAGAGGAAUCGCACCCAGGAGAACUG